AUGCUUCUCGCGAGAGGGGCGAAAGUGGGGGUGAGGGACGAGGACAUGUGGACUGCUCUGCACUGGGCAGCUGAGAGGGGACACCUGGAAGCAGUAACGUGUCUGAUGGAAGGUGGAGCAGAGGUGGAUGUCGGGGACAGCAGGCAGAACACGCCACUGCACUGGGCUGCAUACCGCGGUCACGUGGCUGUGACACGGCGAUUGCUGGAGUCCUCUGCUGACCCCGAUGCCAGGGAUAAGUAUGGGUGGACGCCGCUGCACUGUGCAGCAAGAUGCGGCCACACAAAGGUGGCGGCCGUGCUGCUCGAUGCAGGGGCUGACACUGAGGCCAGGGACGCACACGGGCACGAACCCUGGCUCAUCGCCAGGCAGAACGGCAAGCAGCAGCUCGUGGAGAUGCUAUCGUGA